AUGUCCAUACGCUUGCAGAAAGAUCUUCAUCUGUCUAAAAUAUAUUUCCAAAGAGGCGCGCGAGUCAUGUCAUCGUCCAUCGAAUCCAUCAGUAAGGACCCGAAAGUGAUCUCUGUUGAAGGUGGUGAAAUUUCCAGUGACGCGGAUGUGGAUGUUGCUCUUAAAUACUUGAAGAAAGUGCAUGCCGAGGACGUGGCUGCCAGCGAGAGGCCAGGUGAAGAUGAAGUCUUGACGAACGAGAAACUGGCGUACUAUGGUUCCCACGAUCUCGACCCUCGUAUUCUGCGCAAAGUAGACUGCUACAUCCUUCCAUUUCUGUGCUGUACUUAUCUCUUUAUGUUUCUGGAUAAAGCUUUACUCAAUUACGCUGCCGCAAUGGGUAUCAAGCAGCACCUGAAAGGUAAUGAGUUUUCGGACCUCGGUACCAUCUUUUCGGCUGCUUACAUAUUUGCAGAGCCGUUUGUUACUUACUGUAUUCAGCGCUGGCCGAUCUCCAAAGUAAUGGGGACUUUCAUCACGCUGUGGGGAGUCGUUUUAGCGUGCCAUGCGGCCUGCAAAUCUUAUGCUUCUUUAAUGAUUGUCAGAGUACUGCUUGGUAUGUUUGAAUCCAGUAGUGCGGUUGGCUGCAUCGCUAUAAGUGGGAUGUACUACACUAAAUCUGAACAGUCAGCAAGAAUAGGAUUUUGGGCCACUCAAGCGGGAACCGGUUACAUCGUAGGAGGCUUGAUUUCUUUUGGAUUUCUUCACUAUCGCGGUACCACAUUCGCUUCGUGGCAAAUCAUGUUUUUAGUGGUGGGGUUGGUAACAGUGCUUUUUGGUGUUGUUACGUAUCUAUAUCUUCCCGACAACGUCACGAACGCUUGGUUCUUGGACGAGUCGGAGAAGGUGGAGGUUCUUCGUCACAUAAAAGCCAACCAAACAGGUCAUGAAAACAAAAAGUUCAAGAAACAUCAACUAAAAGAGCUUUUCUUGCACGAUAAGCUUACAUACCCUAUGCUUCUCAUCACCGCCUGCUCUCAAAUUUCCACUGGGGCCAUUGGAACUUUUUCCGUAACUAUCACUGGAACAUUUGGGUUUGAUAAAUACCAGUCUGCUUUGUUACAAUUACCUAUUGGUGCAAUCACAGCCAUUAUCAUUCUGAUCACUACCCAAAUGCUCUCGCAUUUCGGCAACUUCACCUUGAUUACCACAUCCAUGUACAUACCCGCCAUAAUUGGAUGCAUCGUGAUGCUCACCCUACCGCUAUCUCACAAAAUCGGCAACCUAUUUGCUCUUUAUUUGCUAUACAGUGGGUCUUGUGUGAUCACAAACAUUUACAUUUGGAAUUCUUGCAAUACUUCUGGAUAUUCGAAGAGAGUCUUUAGAAACGCCACUACCAUGGUCGUUUACAGUGUUGCCUGUAUCGUUGCUCCACAGAUGUUCAGAGCUAGCUCAUACCCAGAGUAUACUCCUGCCAAGAUCACGCUGCUUGUCACUCAAUGCGUAUGUGUACCUUUACAACUCUACGUUGGCUACCUAUGCCGCAAGGAAAAUAGAGCGAGAAACAAAGAGCAAGAAGGUGAAGACAAGAUCGCAUAUCAGUUUUUGGAUUUGACUGAUAUCGAAAACAGGAGCUUUAGAUAUCUUUAUUGA